CAAAAAGGCGACGACAAAUACGAGAACACACGUACUGACGUACGGCCCCCGGAGUCCGAGCUCGCGCCAUGGCGGCAGCAGCUUUCCCCGGCACCGCGUCGCUGCGGACACCGGAGCCCCACCGCAGCGGGCGCUUCUCGGACGAGGCCUCGUCGUCCUCCUGUUCCACGUUGGGCGGCGCGGAGUCGAGUGCGGUGGCGUGCGAGGGUGGUGGCGAGGCCGAGGAGGGCCUGCUCGACCUGGACUCCCCCUGGGUGGCGGCGGCCGAGGCGGAAUCGAGGCUGGAGGCGGCGGCAACGGCUGUGGCAGCGGGACCUGGCUACCGCGCCGAGGACGGCAACGAUGAAGAGGAAGACGAGAUACGAGACAACCAGCAGCGGCAGGAGGACGAGUUGAUGGCAUUGGAGGCGAUAUACGGGGAUGAUCUGGCUGUAUUUGAAAACAAAGGAGGGCUUCGCUAUUUCCAGAUUUACAUACGUUACGAUGUGGCUGAUGGCGUCGGAGUGUGUGCUAAGCUUUCAGCACCUAAUGCUACUACAAGUGAUGUAGGAUGUUUUGACGGUUCUGAACAUGAUUAUGGAUCUGAUGAUUACUCCUACACUUGCAACUUCGACUACCUGCCUCCUUUGAUAUUGACAUGCCUUCUUCCACAGUCCUAUCCUAGCAAAGAUCCCCCAAGUUUUGCGGUAACUGCUAAGUGGAUGGAUGGGUCUUAUGUCUCUCAACUCUGUCAGAUGCUUGACACCAUUUGGGUAGAGCUGCCAGGGCAGGAAGUAGUGUAUCAAUGGGUUGAGUGGCUACGUAAUUCGUCCAGGUCAUAUCUCUGGACUGAUGGAAACAUGACACUGGGUCCAGAUAUUGCCGCCCACAACACAGAUAGUCGUGCAAUUCCGAGAACAAAAUCACUGGAGUCUGUAAUCCCUUUGAUGUUGAGCUACUGUAGUAAGAAACACUAUCGAGCUUUUCUUGAGGAUCUCCAGAUGUGCAUGAUAUGUCUUAACCAGACUAAAGGUUCAAAUUUCAUCAGGCUUCCAUGCCAACACCUGUUCUGCAUGAAGUGUAUGGAGACCUUAUGCAGAAUGCAUGUCAAGGAAGGUAGUGUGUUUCAGUUGGUAUGCCCUGGUACCAAGUGCAAAGCUUCAAUUCCACCAUAUGUGCUGAAGAGGCUUCUUACAGAAGAAGAAUUUGAACGUUGGGAUAGGCUUCUCCUUCAGAAAACAUUGGACUCAAUGUCAGAUGUGGUUUACUGUCCAAGGUGUGUGAUCGGUUGCGUGGAAGAUGAGGACAACAAUGCGCAAUGCCCAGAAUGCUCCUUUAUCUUCUGCUCGUUCUGUAAGGGACCAUGGCAUCCAGGGAAGCAGUGUCUAACUCCUGAACAAAAGAUACAGCUCCGAACGGCGUCAGGCAGGAUGACUGAGAAGGAGGUGGCGCAGGAAUUGCUGAACAUCAGAGAAUUGUACAAGGAUGUUCGGAUAUGCCCAAAAUGCCGAAUGGCCAUCGCCAAAACAGAAGGGUGCAACAAAAUGACAUGCGGAAACUGUGGCCAGUACUUCUGCUUCACCUGCGGCAAGGCCAUAAAUGGUUAUGAGCACUUCAGGGGUGACUGCAAGCUCUUUGCGGCAAGAGACAUAGCAGAGUGGGAGAGGCAAUUAGCAGCGAUGCAACCUGAACGCCAGAUGCGAAUUGCAUCACGCCCAAUUGGUGGUACCGUCAGAUGCCCCAAAUGCCGUGCAAGAAACUUCAAGGAAGACGAGAGGUAUAUCUUCUGCUGGGCUUGCCGGGCCAGCUACUGCACUCUAUGCAGACGGAAGGUUGAAAACAUGAAGUCAGGGCACUACGGUUCACCGGAAUGCAUGGGGCUUGAUAAUUUCUAGCAUUUGCAUUCAUUUAUUUUUUUUUCGAGAAUACGCACAAGCGCUGCAUAUCUUUUAUUAAGAAGAUUGAAAGAGUUACAAAUU